AUGCCUGAAGAUAAUAAUUUGGAGAGCUGCUUGGAGCAUAGCCGGUGUAGAGUGGUUUUGGCAGCAGCAGGGCCAAAGAUAACAUGUCAUAGACGCAGCCUAAACCUUACAACUCUAAGCUUCAAAAUCGGUGCUCCUAUAACACCUUCACCAUCAGAGUAG